AUGAAUACAAUUAAAGUAAUCGGUCGAUCUUUUUCUGAUGCUCUUUAUGAACGUUAUUGUGAUUUUGAUGCAACAUUUGAUGAUCUUAAAAAUGAUUGUGACAUUGUCUUUUUUGUUGGUCCAUCACCGAAAAAUACAGAAACAGGUCUUAUUCUUAAUACAUCAACAGUUGUUUUAACUGAUGAACGUAUUUCACAUGUUGGUGAUCCUUGUGCAAUAGAAAAAGCAUGUUCACAAGUUGAACUUGUUGAUAUUUCAUCAAAUACAUUAUCUGAUUGGGAUGAAAUAACACUUCUUCUUUCAUCAUUACCUCAUGUUAAAACAAUUAAUCUAAGUUUUAAUCCAUUUUCAUCUCAUGUUUAUAGAUUAUCUGAUCAAAUUCAAUGGCCUAAUCUUAAUACAUUAUGUUUAAACGGAAGUCAUAUUAGUCUUGAAAUGAUUGUAGAAGUACUUAAAAAAACAUCAAAUUUAGAAGAAUUACAAAUUUGUUCAAAUAAUUAUACAAUAAUAUCAUCAAAUUAUAAUUUUAUACAUAAUAAUCUUAAACGUAUAUAUAUAUCAAAUAAUAAUUUAAUUGAUUGGAAAUCUAUAUGUCAUCUUGGUUAUUUAUUUCCACAUUUAGAAAUCUUAAUAGCUAGUGAUAAUCCUUUAAAAAGUUUUCAUUCAAAUGAUGAUGAUGUUACAAUAUGUUUACCAUAUUUACAUACACUUAGUGUUGAUCGAGUUCAAAUAUCUGAAUGGAAUGAUAUUAUUGCAUUGACUAAAUUACCUUGUUUACAUACAUUAAGAAUUUAUUCAGUACCACUUCUUAAGUCCUAUCAAAAAGAUGAAAGAUUUUUUCUUUUACUUGGAUAUAUGAAAAAUCUUAAAAAAUUAAAUGGAAGUGAUAUAACAGCAAAUGAAAGAGAAACAAAUGAAAGACGAUUUAUUCGUUAUUAUUCUCAAUAUGAUGAUAAACCACAACGAUAUUUUGAUUUAAUUGAAAAACAUGGAAAUCUUAAACCAUUAGUUGAUAUUAAAAUUCGUACACCUUAUUUAAUGCAAGUACAUCUUAUAUAUAAUCAAAUAACAUAUAAUAAAGAAAUUGAUAUUCGACAAACAGUACAACAAUUUAAAAAAUAUCUUCAAGAAAUUUUUCAAAUACCAUUAAAUCGUUUACGUGUUUUUUAUAUUGAUGAUGUAGCUUUUAAUAUGGGUAUAUGUGGUCCAGAAGAACUUAAAUAUCCACAACGAUUAUUACAUACAUAUAAUAUACAUGAUGGAGAUCAAUUUCAUAUUGAUCUCAAACCUGAUCCGCCUAAAUUUCAACAUUCAAAUCGAACAGCUGAUAUGAUUCAUCAAACACGUAAAAAAAAAUUAACAAAUAAUUUAAUAUCAUCUGAAGAUGAUAAAAAAUAUUUACCAUUUUCAUUUGAUUCUUUACAAAAAUUAUCAAAUCAAACUGAUACAAAUAUUCUACAUUCAUUAAUUCAACUUGAUCAAUUAUAUCCUUCUAUUGAUAAAAAAAAAAUUUCGAAUGAUGAUAAUGAUGAUGAUGAUGAUGAUUUAAUUUCUGCUGCAGCAAUCGCUUGUACUCAAAUGAAAAAUUAA